AUGUCUCGUAAAUUCAACUUUUGGAUGGUUGUGAUCAUUAUUGCUCUGUCUGCUACUGAAAACUCCGAUGGCAAGCUGAUUAUGGAAGGAUCCAUCGGAUUAAUAGAUGGCUUUAGGACGUUGACAAACACCAAUAAGCACGCCUAUGGUCAAGCCUUCGAGGAAGAUCCGUUGCCAUUCAAGAAUCCCAUUGAUGGUACCGUGACUUCUUUCUCUAUCACCUUCUUCUUUGCUAUCGUCCCUGAGCACAGGCACAAAGGCUCUCACGGUAUGGCCUUUGUAAUCUCUCCCACGAGAGGCAUUCCGGGCGCUUUUGCUGAUCAGUACCUCGGAAUAUUCAACGAUACAAACAAUGGAAAAAGCUCGAAUCAUGUCAUCGCUGUGGAGCUUGAUAUACAUAAAGAUGAUGAAUUUGGUGACAUUGAUGAUAACCAUGUUGGCAUCAACAUAAACGGAAUGAAGUCUAACGUAUCUGCUCCUGCCGGCUAUUAUGAUCCAAAUGGUCAGUUCAAAAACCUUUCUUUAAUCAGUGGAAAUCUACUCCGAGUAACGAUUUUGUAUAGCCAGAAGGAGAAACAGCUUAGUGUCACCUUGUCACCAGCAGAGGAGGCUAAUAUACCAAAGCGGCCGCUUCUUUUGCUGAGCCAAGAUCUGUCUCCUUAUCUCUUAGAGGAAAUGUAUGUCGGCUUUGCAGCCUCUACAGGGGCAGUUGGAGCAAUACAUUACAUGUGGAUGUGGCAUGUCUCUCUCUCCUUAGCUGUUCCGAAUUUGGAUUUCCCUAUACCGACGUUUCCUCGUUAUCCAAAUGCAGACUCUCAGGUAAAGCGGAUUGUUUUGGUGACCUGCUUGACAUUGGCUAUCUUUGUUGCACUUGCUGCAUCAGCUUUAAGUCUCUUCUACUAUAGGAAGCAUAAAAAGGUUAAGGAGGUUCUAGAGGAAUGGGAGAUUCAGUGUGGGCCUCAUAGGUUUGAUUAUAAGGAACUCUUUAAAGCUACAAAGGGUUUCAAGGACAAACAACUUCUAGGUAAAGGAGGCUUUGGUCAGGUCUUUAAGGGUACACUUCCAGGUUCCGAUGCAGAGAUUGCCGUUAAAAAGAUUUCUCAUGAUUCAAGACAGGGGAUGCAGGAGUUCUUGGCCGAGAUAUCGACAAUUGGUCGGCUUAGACACCCGAACCUAGUCAGGCUUCAGGGUUACUGUAGGUACAAGGAGGAACUCUACUUGGUUUAUGACUUCAUGCCCAAUGGAAGUCUCGACAAAUACCUCUACCGCAGAGCGAAUCAAGAGAAACUCACUUGGGGUCAACGUUUCAAGAUCAUCAAAGACGUAGCCUCUGCACUCUGCUAUCUCCAUCACGAGUGGGUACAGAUUGUAAUCCAUCGAGACAUCAAGCCGGCAAAUAUACUGGUCGACGACGAGAUGAAUGCUAGGCUCGGGGAUUUCGGACUAGCCAAGUUGUACGACCAGGGUUAUGAUCCUCAGACAUCUAGAGUAGCUGGAACAAUCGGGUACAUCGCACCUGAGCUCGUAAGAAGCGGAAGAGCAACCACAGGCACAGAUGUCUAUGCCUUUGGGCUCUUUAUGCUGGAAGUCUCUUGUGGCAGAAGGCUGAUAGAGCCACGAGCAGAAGCCAACGAGGUCGUACUUGUGGAAUGGACAUUAGAUCGUUGGGAAAACGGAGAUAUUAUCGAGGCAGCCAAUGAAAGACCCAGUGGAGAACACAAUAGAGAACAGCUAGAGCUUGUUUUGAAACUGGGAGUGCUUUGUUCGCACCAGGUUGCAGCAAUUAGACCGGCCAUGUCUAAGGUGGUCCAGAUCUUAGACGGUGAUCUGCAGCUUCCAAAGAAUCUACUCGAUAGUGUCAAGUUUGAGAAGGUCAGAAUGUUGUCCGAGACAUCUGAGAGAUUUCUUGAUGUUUUGACAUCACAAGGGUCUAUCGGUACCUUGACGUUUACGGAACCUUUUACCUCCCAGGGACGCUGA